ACCAACAAAUCUAAAAAGCCAUCGCCCGACACCCACCAUUGGAAUAUAUGCACAACACCGCUAUUAAAGAGGCUUUUCUGUUUGUACUCUCUCUCAUUACUCACUCACUUCCUCUCUCUCUCUCAUAACAACCACCAAAACAAGUAGGUAGAGAGAGAGAAAAAGCUUGAGAGAUUCAGUUGCAAUUAAUGGCGCAGAUUGGGACCACCCCUGAAUCAGAAUCAGAGAAGUUGCUUUUGAAUCAGCACACUGAGAAGCACUUCACCGCCGGCGAGGUCGUCCGUGACAUCAUCAUCGGCGUUUCGGAUGGCCUCACCGUUCCCUUUGCCCUCGCCGCCGGACUCUCAGGUGCCAACGCUACUUCGUCCGUCAUUCUCACCGCCGGCAUCGCCGAGGUCGCCGCCGGCGCCAUCUCCAUGGGACUCGGCGGGUAUCUAGCGGCCAAGAGCGAAGCUGAUCACUACAUAAAGGAACUCAAGAGAGAACAAGAAGAGAUCAUCACUGUCCCUGACACAGAGGCUGCUGAGGUUGCGGAGAUAUUGGCACAGUACGGUGUAGAGCCGCAUGAGUAUAGGCCGGUGGUGAAUGCUCUCAGGAAAAACCCACAAGCAUGGCUUGAUUUUAUGAUGAAGUUCGAACUUGGAUUGGAGAAGCCGGAUCCAAGGAGAGCACUCCAGAGCGCGCUGACAAUCGCAAUUGCUUACAUCGUGGGUGGAUUAGUACCCCUUUUCCCUUACAUGUUCAUCCCAGUUGCUAGUAAGGCUGUGAUUGCAUCGAUCGUUGUAACCUUGGGGGCAUUGCUAAUCUUUGGCUAUGCAAAGGGUUACUUCACCGGAAAUAAACCGAUUAGGAGCGCUCUGCAGACUGCUCUGAUUGGAGCCAUUGCGUCUGCAGCUGCCUUUGGCAUGGCCAAGCUUGUCCAACCAUAGACACCACACCCGGUGUCAUCAUCCAAUAAAAAAGCAGCUGCUCUUUCGACACAGUCGUUUAGCUUCCUUCAAACUUCAUUUUAUUUUAAUCAUGUUUGCUGCAGAAUUAUGAGCCAUCAAUCUUAGCAUGGUAAAUAUUAGUUCAUGUUGGUUAUGUUGCUUUUUGGUCCUUGGUGAUGGAUGGUUGUUUUAUUGUCCUUCUCAAUGAGGCUUUUAGUUUUGUUCCAAUUA